CAGACCUCAACCCCAUGGAUCCCGAACCCGGGUCAGCCUCGGUGGAGGUGCCUGCCGGGCGCGUGCUCAGUGCCCCGGAGCUCUUCGCUGCCCGUUCCAGGUCCCAGAAGCUGCCCCAGCGCUCGCAUGGCCCCAAGGACUUCCUCCCCGACGGCUCAGCGGCCCAGGCUGAGCGACUGCGAGUGUGCCGCGAGGAGCUCUGGCAGCUGCUGGCGGAGGAGCGCGUGGAGCGCCUGGGCAGUUUGGUGGCCGCCGAGUGGAGACCGGAAGAAGGCUUCGUGGAGUUGAAGUCUCCUGCGGGUAAAUUCUGGCAGACCAUGGGCUUCUCAGAGCAGGGCCGGCAGCGGCUUCACCCGGAAGAGGCCUUGUAUCUGCUGGAGUGUGGCUCUAUCCAGCUCUUCCACCAAGACCUUCCACUGUCUAUCCAAGAGGCCUACCAGCUGCUGCUGACUGAGGACACCAUGACUUUCCUGCAGUACCAGGUCUUCAGUCACCUGAAGAGACUGGGCUAUGUGCUUCGACGAUUCCAAGCAAGCUCCGUCCUGUCCCCUUACGAGAGGCAGCUGAACUUGGAUGGCAGUGUCCAGCGCUUGGAGGAUCGGAAUGGCAAGAGGAAGAGGAGGAGCUCCAGCUCUCAGUCCAUUAAUAAGAAGCCCAAGGCCCUGGAGAACCCCCUGCAGGGGGUGGAUGGGACACCCGAGAGCCUGGCAACCUCCAGCCCACCUCCCCGAUACCAGAACAGCCGAUGCCCAGAGGAGAAAUCCCAGGAGUCAAGCCCCGUAAAAGGCCCCAUGGGCCCCUUUCAGCUUCUGGGGUCCCUGGAGCCCUGCCCUGGGCUGGCCACGGAGGGGGUGCGGUGCAGCCAGGAGAGUGGCAAAAUGGAGAACGGGGUCACGGGGGCUUGCAAGCCACGCUGGAACUUUGAGCAGAUCUCCUUCCCCAACAUGGCUUCAGAUAGUCGCCAUACUCUCCUGCUUGCCCCCGCCCCAGAGCUGCUCCCGGCCAACGUGGCAGGGCGGGAGACAGACGCUGAGUCCUGGUGCCAGAAGCUAAACCAGCGGAAGGAGAAGCUCUCCAGGCGGGAACGGGAGCAACAGGCAGAGGAGGCCCAGCGCUUCCGGGAGGAUGUAAACUUGGAUCCCGAGGUGCAGCGCUGCUCCAGCUGGCAGGAGUACAAGCAGCUGCUGCAGAGGCGGCACCUGCAGAAGACCCGGAGCCGCCCCCCACACCUGUGGGACCAGCCUGUCACGCCCUUGCUGAGUCCCGGUCAGGCAGACUCCCCAGCCACAGUCCUUCAGCAUAUCUCUGUGCUGCAGACGACACACCUUGCUGAUGGAGGUGCGCGGCUGGUGGAGAAGUCUGGGGGCUUGGAGAUCAGCUUUGAUGUUUACCAGGCUGACGCCGUGGCCACCUUCCGAAAGAAUAACCCUGGCAAGCCCUAUGUCCGGAUGUGCAUUAGUGGAUUUGAUGAGCCAGUCCCAGACCUCUGCACCCUCAAGCGGUUGUCCUACCAGAGCGGGGAUGUUCCUCUGAUCUUUGCCCUGGUGGAUCACGGAGACAUCUCCUUCUACAGCUUCAGGGACUUCACGCUACCCAGGGAUCUGGAGCACUGACCACGCAGCUCUGGCAGGGCCUGGGGUCUGCUCUGAGGGACCCGGACUGUCUGCUCUCAGGGACCAUCUCAGUUGCCUCCUACACCCGGACUCUGACCUGUAGCUUCAGAGGCUAGUCUGGGCUUUGGCCCUGGGUGUCUGAUGCUUGCAGGAGAGGGGAGCUUUGCCCUCGCUACCUGGCUGCUGCAGCGCUUCCAUGCCCCAGGCCUGAGAUUGCUGCCUUGCAGUAAAUCCCCUUGGAACUCAGGACUAGAUUUCAGAGACCAGCGAGGCGGGGCAGAAGAGAGGACUCCGUGCCUUUAAAUGAGAGGGUGCCUGCUUCUUGCGAUAAAGCCAAAGCCAUUAAAAAAUAGA